UAUAUACCUUCAUAAUCUACAAAAACAUAUACUUCCAAAUUCUCUAAGAUCUAUAACAAUGUCUAUGAUCACAAAAUGUCUAGCUUCUCAAAACACAAUACCUAAAAUAAAUUUGCAUGAAAGUACCCUAAUUACUCAUUGUAGAUCACAUGUUAAUCUUCCAUUCAAUCCCAUUUCUAGCUUUCCAUCUAGCAAACGAACCAUAGCUCCUAUUACAAGACGAAACUCGGUUAUCGUUUAUGCGAAUGUUGAACCGGCCUCAACACCACCUCCACCACCACCACCCGGUUCCUCUUCUGGUUCUUGGAAAAAUUGGGUUAUUGGAAUUUUGAUGACAUUUAUUGUACCUUUAGUUACAACUAAAGGAGGUCCAAUAAAAUUGCUCAUGCAGAAAGUUGACCAUAUAGUUGACACGGCGGAGCAUAUAACCGACGUGGUGGAAGCCGUGGCGGACAAAGUAGACAAGGUGAUAGAAGAAAUAGAAGACGAUUUGCCAGAAGGUAGCCAAAUAAGAAAGACACUUGAUUACAUUGAAAAUGUCGCUGAAAGAGUUGAAAAAGAUGCACAUACCGCCGGUGAUUUCAUUGACCAGGUUCAAGAAAUGCAAGACAAGAUAGAGGAUAUGAUGGAACCUGUCAUGGAGGAAGCUAUGAAAGUCGAUAAAGAAGCCAAGGAAAAAGAAAAAGCAAAGAGAAAAUAAAAUAUGAAAAACUAGCUAGUACACGGUUAGGUCUAUGUAACAUCAUAUAAUAUUGUAAUGAAAUCAUUCAUGUGAUGAGACGAGUCUUUUUCUACAUAUUAGAUAUGGUAUGAUUAUUUAUUUAAUUAUGGAUAGUUGGAUACA